AUGUCAAAGAGAGUUGAUGUGUAUUCCAUGCAAAUUGUUGUGACACAUUUUAAGAAAUAUGACGAUUUUCUCAACGUCAUUUUGGUAUGUAAAAAGUAUGAAUAUAUACUUGACCGCAUUCGAAUGAAUCCAAUUCAAAUCACACCAAAAACAAAAAACCUUUUUAAGUUCAUUCAAACUCAGCAGUUUUUUUCUCCUUUUGACAUGAAACUAAACAUUGAAAAAUCAUUUUUCAAUUAUCCAAAAUGCGCGAAAGAGUGUCUUGUGGAAUUAAAGAAUUUUAAUAAUUGUCCUCUCUCUAUUUAUACCAAAGAAGACCAAACGUAUUUCAACAGCAAAAUUCCAGAUUUUGUGAGGAAAAUAGGAAGCCACUCUUUUGAACUGAGUGAUAAAACAUCAUUGACGUUACCAAAUUCCGUUAUAGAAAUUUCUCAGUUCGCGUUUUCAUGUUGCUCAAAUAUCGAAGAGAUAAUUCUCCCACCGCAUCUGAUGCUAAUAGGCGAAAAUGCGUUUUACAACUGUAAAAAAUUAAAAGAAAUCAAACUCCCAGAUUUGCUCGAGUUUAUUCCGGACUCAUGUUUUGCUGGAUGUACAUCGCUAUCUUCUGUGAAUUUUGGAACAAAUGUUACGAUGAUUGGAUAUAAUGCGUUUCGUGAUUGCGCUUUUAUUGAUUUUUCAAUUGAAAAGAAGGUAUUAAUCAACGAACUUGUUUUCACAAAAAAUACACUCACAAAGAUCACGUUCUGUGGUAAAAAGUGUAUACCGCGUAAAAUUU